GAGCCGGGCGGUGCCGGGCCGGCCGGGUCAGGGCAGGCGCGGGGGAGGGUCGGCGCCUGAGUCGGCGGUGCCGGGAACAGGCGCUCGGGGCAGCCCGCGCCUCGCUGAGGUCCCCGCCCCGUCCCGGCCGGGCCGGCUAGCCUGUCAGUCACUGGGGCGGAGGCAGCGGCGGUAGCGGGGCCGGAGCCGGGCGGUGAGAAGAGUGAGGGCCGGGCCCAGCGGAGGGGAUCUGCCACCGCCCCUCAACAUUACGGACUCUUCGCCCCAGAGUGUCGAUGCUGCACCCCCGCGCUUCGUUGGAACGCCUUCCGUAACCCGCCAAGGGCUCUCUCUCUCUCGUGACCUCCCACCCCAGUGACCUCCUCGUAGGACCCGGGAGCGCACUCCGACGAGGGUGUUGUGGGUACAGGCCAUCGACCCUGUGACCUCUCACGGGCUGGGGCUCGGUUUCCCCCACAGGCCUCCCUCCCCUAUGAUUUCCUCCUCGUAGAUUCUGGAAACAGAGCCGUGACCUACCACUGGGACCCCCGCCUGAGAACUCCUCCCUGAGGGCUCCCCCUCGGCACCCCACUCAGUGGAUCUCCUCCUAAGACCACCCCUUUUGGUUUCUGGCCAGCCCCCUCCCCCCCAGUCGAGGUGGGGAGGCCCCGGCAGCCAUGCCCAUCCUGGGUCCCCUGUCACCACACCACUCCCUGGGCCCUCAAGCCGGGGUCUAGCCAGGGGGCCGGCAGCCAAGGGGCUGGGGCAGGAGUCAGGUCAGGGUUCCCCUCCCUGCUGGGGAGGAGCCGAGAUGGACCGGCGGGAGGAGCAGCCAGGGGCUGCAGGGGCUGGAGCAGCACCAGCCUUGGACUUCACUGUGGAGAACGUGGAGAAGGAUCCAGAGUGGCCAGCACCUGCUCAAUCCUGUGCUGUCCUGCAGGCGCUGCACCAGCUCUACUACGACCCCAACAUUGAGAACAAGAACCUGGCUCAGAAGUGGCUGAUGCAGGCCCAGGUCUCCCCACAGGCCUGGCACUUCAGCUGGCAGUUACUACAGCCUGACAAGGUGCCUGAGAUCCAGUACUUUGGGGCCAGUGCCCUGCACAUCAAGAUCUCUCGCUACUGGAGUGACAUCCCCACUGACCAAUAUGAAAGUCUAAAGGCGCAGCUCUUCACUCAGAUCACUCGCUUUGCCAGUGGUUCCAAGAUUGUGCUGACUCGGCUGUGUGUGGCGCUGGCCUCGUUAGCUCUCAGCAUGAUGCCUGACGCUUGGCCUUGUGCUGUGGCAGAUAUGGUACGACUCUUCCAGGCUGAAGACUCACCGGUGGAUGGCCAGGGUCGCUGCCUGGCUCUGCUGGAGCUGCUGACAGUGCUGCCUGAGGAAUUUCAGACCAGCCGCCUGCCCCAGUAUCGCAAAGGCCUGGUGCGGGCCAGCCUGGCCGUGGAGUGUGGGGCUGUCUUCCCAUUGCUGGAGCAGCUGCUGCAGCAGCCCAGCUCACCCAGCUGUGUGCGUCAAAAGGUACUCAAGUGCUUUUCCAGCUGGGUGCAGCUGGAGGUGCCGUUGCAGGACUGUGAGGCUCUCAUUCAGGCCGCCUUCGCUGCUCUGCAGGACUCAGAGCUCUUCGACAGCAGUGUGGAGGCCAUUGUCAAUGCCAUCUCACAGCCUGAUGCCCAGAGGUAUGUGAACACACUCCUGAAACUCAUCCCACUGGUGCUGGGACUGCAGGAGCAACUGCGACAGGCAGUGCAGAAUGGGGACAUGGAGACCUCCCAUGGCAUCUGUCGCAUUGCUGUGGCCCUGGGCGAGAACCACUCUCGGGCCUUGCUUGACCAAGUGGAGCACUGGCAGAGCUUCCUGGCCCUUGUCAACAUGAUCAUGUUCUGCACGGGUAUCCCUGGCCACUAUCCUGUCAAUGAGACCACCAGCUCCCUGACACUCACCUUCUGGUAUACACUGCAGGAUGACAUUCUGUCCUUUGAGGCAGAGAAGCAGGCUGUGUACCAGCAAGUGUACAGGCCAGUCUACUUCCAGCUGGUGGACGUGCUUCUGCACAAGGCCCAGUUCCCUCCUGAUGAGGAAUAUGGAUUCUGGUCCUCAGAUGAGAAGGAGCAGUUCCGAAUUUACAGGGUGGACAUCUCAGACACGCUCAUGUAUGUUUAUGAAAUGCUGGGGGCCGAGCUGCUCAGCAACCUCUAUGACAAGCUGGGCCGUUUGCUCACCAGCUCAGAGGAGCCCUACUCCUGGCAGCACACAGAAGCCCUGCUCUACGGCUUCCAAUCCAUCGCAGAGACCAUUGAUGUCAACUAUUCUGAUGUGGUGCCUGGGCUCAUUGGCCUCAUCCCACGGAUCAGCAUCAGCAACGUGCAGCUGGCGGAUACCGUCAUGUUCACCAUUGGAGCUCUGUCUGAAUGGCUGGCUGACCACCCCGUCAUGAUCAACAGCGUUCUUCCCCUUGUACUGCACGCCCUAGGCAAUCCUGAGCUCUCUGUCUCUUCUGUGUCCACCCUCAAAAAGAUCUGCCGAGAAUGCAAGUAUGACCUGCCACCCUAUGCUGCCAACAUCGUGGCAGUCUCCCAGGAUGUGCUAAUGAAACAGAUCCACAAGACAAGUCAGUGCAUGUGGCUGAUGCAGGCAUUGGGCUUCCUGCUGUCAGCCCUGCAGGUGGAGGAGAUCCUUAAGAACCUGCACUCGCUCAUCUCGCCCUAUAUCCAGCAGCUGGAGAAGCUGGCAGAGGAGAUACCUAAUCCCUCCAACAAGCUGGCCAUUGUCCACAUCUUGGGGCUUCUCUCCAACCUCUUCACCACGCUGGAUGUCAGUCAUCAUGAGGAUGAUCAUGAAGGCUCUGAGCUCCGGAAGCUGCCAGUGCCGCAGGGACCCAACCCCGUGGUAGUGGUGCUGCAGCAGGUCUUCCAGCUUAUCCAGAAGGUGCUGAGCAAAUGGCUGAAUGAUGCCCAGGUGGUGGAGAUACAUGGAAUCCUCUGGGAAGGCAUUCAGAACUUCCCAGUAUCACAAGAAAUGCUCAACCAGAGGACUAUGAUGUGGCUGAGUGACAGUCAGGGAUCCACUUUCGCAUCAGAGACCUGCCUUUGGUCUCUUUUUAACUCAGGAUUUUGUUGCUGUUGCUGCUCCCUGAGAGGAAAGAGUGGAGAUGCGGUGUGCGCUAUUUUCGAGAAGUCUGUUAAGACGCUAUUAGAUGACUUUGCCCCCAUGGUGCCACAGCUGUGUGAGAUGCUGGGUCAGAUGUACAGCACCAUCCCCCAGGCCUCUGCUCUUGACCUCACUCGACAGCUGGUCCACAUCUUUGCCCACGAGCCUGCCCACUUUCCCCCAAUCGAGGCCCUCUUCCUGCUCGUCACCUCCGUCACACUCACUCUCUUCCAGCAAGGGCCCAGGGAUCAUCCUGAUAUUGUUGAUUCAUUUAUGCAACUCCUGGCACAGUUGAAUAGAGUUUCUUCAUCUGUUUCCGUGGAAGUUGACAACCCAACAUCCUCCUUUAGUGCCCCUUUGCCUCAGCUAGCUCAGUCUUCUACAAAGACCAGGGAGAGGCUGACCCCGAAGGGAGGCAGUGGGCUGGCCUGGUGGGGGUUGGGAAGGGAGGGGGUGGUCACUGUGCCCAGCAGCUCCUGUGCGGCUGGGGUGCCCAAGAAGUUCAGGGGUAGAACUGAAGUUCAAGGGCCUGGGGUUCAUUGUCCCCGUGCUCCUGCCGGGAACUGCCUGCCUCAGUGCCCCCAGCCUACUCUUGAGAGGUAGGCUCCGAAGGGAGGGGCUGAGAUGAAUGUGCCUCCAUGGAGCCCAGAGCCCAGAGCCGGGCUGCCGGACAGGUUGUGCUGCUUCUGGGAGGUGGGGUGCUGGCUCCAUGUGAGACUGUGUUAGGUUGUAUGUGUGUAUAAGUGUGUCGGAACUUCGUAUGUUUUGAGUUUGGUUUGGUGAGAACAGAAAUCAUGUAACUGCUGUAAGUAGUAUGAGUAUUAUGUUGGAUUUGUAGUUGACAUGUGGAUAUGUGUGUUGGUGUGUGUUUUAUGUUGAUGUGUGUUAGGCAUUGAUGGAUUUUGAAUGUUGAUAUGUGUUGGAGGCAUGUGCGUGUUGGGCUGUGGGAAUGUGUAUUAUGGAGGAUAGGUAUAUAUGUUGUGGUAUCGGUAGGUCUGUAUUAGGGUAUGUGUGUUUUGGAAAAGGUAUGGGUUGGGCUGUGGGAACGUGAGGUCAGCAUAUGGGAGUUCUGUGUGUUAGGGGGCUUCUGCAGGUUGGGGGGGUCCUGUGGGUAAAGGUAAAUAAUGUGGGGGUUUUUAUUAAUCAUUCCACAAAUAUUUAUUGUGUAAUACAUGCUUGAUACUCUGCUAGGUGCUGAGGCUAUAAUGGUGCGCAAAAGCGGCACGGUUCU